GCGUGCGAGGCCCCCUCGGUGGCGCCAUUUUGGAGUGCCGGCGGGCGGCGGCGGCGUUGUCUCUCCCUUUGCCGUCUGUCCCCUCCGCUCCGCGCCCUCCCGCCGCCGGCAUGAGUGUGGUGGAGCACGUACGAGAGAUGGCGGCCGCUGGGCUCCACUCUAACGUGCGGCUCCUCAGCGGGCUUCUCCUCACGAUGAGCGGCAAUAACCCGGAACUGUUUUCACCAUCUCAGAAAUACCAGCUCCUUGUAUAUCAUGCAGACUCUCUCUUCCAUGAUAAAGAAUAUAGAAAUGCUGUAAGUAAGUAUACAAUGGCUUUGCAGCAGAAAAAAGCACUAAGUAAAACUUCAAAAGUUAGACCUUCUACUGGGAAUGCUGCAUCAACUCCCCAGAGCCAGUGUUUACCGUCUGAAAUUGAAGUGAAAUAUAAAAUGGCUGAAUGUUAUACAAUGCUGAAGCAAGAUAAAGAUGCCAUUGCUAUACUUGAUGGGAUUCCUUCCAGACAGAGGACCCCAAAGAUCAAUAUGAUGUUGGCAAAUCUAUACAAGAAAGCAGGUCAAGAGCGCUCAUCUGUUACGAGCUACAAAGAAGUACUGAGGCAGUGCCCUUUAGCACUUGAUGCCAUACUAGGCUUACUCUCGCUGUCGGUGAAAGGUGCGGAAGUGGCCUCUAUGACAAUCAACGUAAUUCAGAGUAUUCCUAACUUGGAUUGGCUUUCGGUGUGGAUCAAGGCAUAUGCUUUUGUGCAUACUGGAGAUAACACAAGAGCAAUAAAUACCAUUUGCUCUUUAGAGAAGAAGUCAUUGCUGAGGGAUAAUGUAGACUUACUGGGGAGCUUAGCAGACCUGUAUUUCAGAGCUGGAGAUAAUAAAAACUCUAUUCUAAAAUUUGAACAAGCUCAAAUGCUAGAUCCUUACCUAAUAAAAGGAAUGGAUGUAUAUGGUUAUUUAUUGGCACGUGAAGGUCGGCUAGAGGAUGUGGAGAACUUGGGCUGCCGUCUCUUCAAUAUUUCUGAUCAACAUGCAGAACCCUGGGUGGUGUCUGGGUGUCAUAGUUUCUACAGUAAACGAUACUCUCGUGCCUUAUAUUUAGGAGCCAAAGCUAUCCAGCUUAAUAGUAACAGUGUUCAAGCUCUCCUGCUGAAAGGAGCUGCUCUUAGGAAUAUGGGCCGAGUACAGGAAGCAAUUAUACACUUCCGUGAAGCGAUACGUCUCGCACCUUGUAGGCUGGAUUGCUAUGAAGGUCUCAUCGAAUGUUACCUAGCAUCCAGCAGUAUCCGUGAAGCUAUGGUUAUGGCAAAUAAUGUAUAUAAAACUCUGGGAGCAAAUGCACAGACACUCACUCUGUUAGCAACGGUCUGUCUCGAAGACCCAGUCACGCAGGAAAAAGCAAAAACAUUAUUGGACAAAGCACUAACACAAAGACCUGAUUACAUUAAAGCUGUAGUAAAGAAAGCAGAACUUCUUAGUAGAGAACAAAAGUAUGAAGAUGGAAUUGCUUUGCUGAGGAAUGCGCUGGCUAAUCAGAGCGACUGUGUUCUGCACCGAAUACUGGGAGACUUUCUUGUAGCUGUCAAUGAGUAUCAGGAAGCAAUGGACCAGUACAGUAUUGCCCUAAGUUUGGAUCCAAAUGAUCAGAAGUCACUAGAGGGAAUGCAGAAAAUGGAAAAAGAGGAAAGUCCAACUGAUGCAACCCAGGAAGAAGAUGUGGAUGAUAUGGAGGGGAGUGGAGAAGAGGGGGACUUGGAAGGCAGUGACAGUGAAGCAGCUCAGUGGGCAGAUCAAGAACAGUGGUUUGGCAUGCAGUAAUGGCCUCUCAUCCUGCUGCUUGUUUUGGCACUUGAACAUACCACUAGGGCCAUUCUUCUUUAAAGAACAUAAACUCAGAUUUUUGCAGUAACAAAGGACUUUUUUUUUGACCUUUUUUUUUUUCCUUAAAUAGACUCUGAAACCAUUUAAUAGUUCUAUGCAUCUCAAUACCAUGAAGAUUCUUGAUGCUUCUUAUUUAUUAAGUGUAAGGGACUAACUGUAUUGGAGGUUAUUUGCAACUCUCAUUUCAAAAAAUUCCUGCUAAAACUAAAAGCAUUAGAAUCUGAAAUGUGUAAUAAGCCUGUUGUUUAUGAUGAAAACAAUGUCUAAAUUCUGUCCAGGGCUAAGUGUGCUUGAUUGACUUGUAAAUACAGUGAUUUGUACUCCUUUGUGGAAGAGGUCUUAUUCUCUUGUUUGUAUGCUGCCAUUUGGGCUCGUGCUCCUGUUGAAGUCUGGAGGAGUUGCUCGGGUGUGGCUGAAAGCAGAACUUUUCUCUUGCUGGAUUUGUUGAAUUAAUUUGUCUUUUUGUAAGGCAUUACAUGUGCUGUAAAGGAGAAGUUUGGUAUGCGAGGCAACUUUGACUUACAGAGCGCUUUUGUAGCUGACUGAUUUCUACGUGUACAGAAUUGAGCCAGUGUUGGAGAAUUACAGUCAUUUCCCCAAUCCUUACUAAACCCUGUAAUCACUUAAAGUCUGUACAUGAGCAUUUAUUUUUAAAUGCAGUUUAGUUUUAUUUCAGUAUGUAACCAAAAGGUUUUACAGCGGUGACUCAAAGCACUUCACAUUCUGUAUACAGCACUGACAUUUAAAAUUAUAUAAAAAGAAUUCAUCCCUCUUCACUUAUAUUGCUGUAGAAAUGUUAAAUUAUGCAAAUACACAUAUUGUCCUGGUUUUGCCAUGUUUAUAUACUCCCAUGUUUUCAUCAGGUAAUAUUUGAAUUGGUUUUUCCCCUCAGCUUUUGAAGCAAAGUUGCAUUGCUUCAUGUACAACUUCUCAACAUCAGCAUUUCAAGGCUGAGCUUCUUUGUAAUCUAGAAAUCAUUUCAGUUCUGUGGGCUUGAUGUGUGGGAGGAGGAAUUGCUACUUGCUCUUAUUUUUCUUACAGUUUUGAUUUCCUUAUUCUUUACUAAAACAUGUAUUUUUGUCUUUAUAUUGGCAAUUUAAUUCCUUUUAUAUUUAUUCUGUUACCACAAGUAUGCUGGAGCACACAGACUUUUUCUACAAAGCUAAACAAUAGUUUUGAUUAUCGGUUGAAGGGAAGGUGGCUAUUUGAUAGAAAUACAUGGCAUGGAAAACAAAAGCUUCCCCCUAGCUGUAGGGUAAUGUAUCUCUCCCUCUGUGAUGUGUGUUAUAUCAAUUAGAAAAACGCACAACAAAAAGAAUAGGCAGAUUACUUCUAUUAUAGUCUUAUUUUGGAAAUAUUUUGGUAUGUCAUGUCUUACAAAGGAGGAGUCUAAUAGUUUAUCCAUUUAAAAAAAGACGAGAGCUGGGUAUCUGUUCUCUCUGGAAUUUUGUGGGUUUUAGACUUUCCAAAACAUCAAAUUGAGUUUUGGUUAUUUGAAGACUGUAUGGGAAGAACAGAAAGGCACGUGCUGCUGUCUUGGUGAUUGAAUUGGCAGACGCUGUUACUGCUCUUUCAUUAAGCAAAUACACCAAAUGGCUGCAUUUCCAUUAGAGCAAACAUUUUGUUAAUUGCGUUCUGGUGGAUGAGAGGCCUGUUCCUGUUCUUUUAUGAAGAAUCUGUUUAUACCAUUACUGUGUGAUGCAGUGAAUAGAUUUCAGCUCAUUGCAUGUCUUUCAUAACAGAAAGAAAUAUGCAUGUAGUAGCAAAUUCAAAGUAUCUCUUUUUUUUUUAAAAAGAAACCUGCUUUGUUUUCUCCUCACACUUGAGCAUUCAUCAGAUUGUAUUCUGCAGCUGAAAGUUGGGUAGCUUCAUUAGCUUUUCUAGUUGUGUUCUAAACCUCUAUUGUGGAUGAAAGAAUGGAGCUCCUGAUGUUAUUAAACUAAAGAAAGGACCCAUUUAAUUUUGGUAAGAGACGUAUAUGAGGUAUGUGAUACAUAUUUCGUGAGCUGCUCAGCCGUUUUAUUCUAAUGGUUCCUUUAAACAGGUCAUUAAUCGCAGAUGGAAACCACUGGCCUUACACAUUUCUCUGAAACGUUUACAUAAAACAGGAAAUCGGAAAACCACAGUUUUACUAAAACCAUUCUGUAGUAUGUUUGUAGAUAACCUGAUGAUCUCUCCUUUUAGAACAGAUGGGAAUCUAAAACUACUUGAAGAUGAGUGCACUGUGAAGAAAACAGCGAAGUGCUACGUGCGGCUUUAGCAACCAAGUCCAGGUACACCGAAGAACACCUUAAGGUAGCUGUCAAAACAGAGUUGUGUCCUUGCUGCUUUGUUUUUCUGAAAAGGUGGCUCCUUAUUGACAGUGAAAAGUUCAGUUAGAUCCUGCAAAUAACAUCUCCAUAAGUACCUGACGUAUUGGGGUUAUAUAGCAGGGGUAUGGUCUUUACUAAUUGUACAGAGUAAGGAACUUUAAGAUGCCACACACGUGGAGUGCAUUUGAGAUUAUAUAGAUAGAUAGAUAGAUUUAGCACUAACUUCAGAAUUCUAGAGGGAUUCUUCUUGCCUAUUAAUGAGCCUUCAUUAGGGCUUUAAUUUUAGAAUGUGAUCUCUGGUUUUGCAGAGAUUCUGUACUCUCAUAUUCAGUUACUGGUAUUCUAGUUCAGGGAAUAUAACAAUUAGCCCAUAAUAAGCAGCUGACCUCAUUCCAUCCCUUAAUCAUGUGCUGUGAAUCCUAGAAGAAAA